UAAAAAGCAAUAGAUCUGCGACGUCAUCUACUUCUCUCUGUCAUUAAACAUACCUAAAGAGCACGUGGACUCUAAACGACAAACGAAUGACUGGACUACGUUGUCGCGCACAUUGAACGUCUUUUGAAUGUCACCAAGGCGAUUUAGAACUGAAGGAGCCGCUUCACAUCAGGAAAAGUAGAAGUUUGCUGGGAAAAAAAGGCUCUUUCCAUCCAACAAUAGAUGAUGCGUACUCGCAUAGAGCCUGCUGCUUACGGACAGCACACACCCAAUGUAGAGUGUGCAGACCACUACCCGGCCACCCGGUAUUACAAAAAGGCAAAGAUACGAACACAAACCACGGGUGACUGUCUAUCAUGCAUCAAGUACACCUUGUUAAUCUUGAACACCUUCUUUGUUAUGACAGGGUGUCUGUUCGCGGCUUUGUGGGCGCUGACACAGCUCGCCACUGAUUCAGCCCUUGUUGCAGUGUUGCAGACAAAGGAAUCGCUAGUUUCAGGAUUGUACUUUAUGCUGGGAGUUGGAGGUGGACUCUUCAUCGUGGGCUUCGUGGGCUGCUGCGGCGCCCUCCGCGGUAAUAGGUUUCUGCUCUUAACUUUCUGCAUGUUAAUUUUUGUGGUCCUAAUAGUUGAGAUGGCUGGUAUUGGUCUUGUCCUUGUGGAUCGCAGCGAGUUUGAGGAAAAGACAAUGUCAGACAAUAUGAAAAGCAAAUUUGGAGCCGAGUUUACCAAGGCUAAUCAAGAUUACGUAGAAGCGUGGAGGGCUGUGAUGAGGCAUUAUGAAUGCUGUGGAAUUUCAAGAGAUGAUUUUACACCAGAAAACGUUCCAAGAUGCUGUCGAGUUGAUGAUAAGGAUAUCUGUGAUGACACUACCCCGACACAUAAGCAGCCUUGCUAUGACAAGAUCAAGAAACUUUAUGACAACGGCCUUUAUGGAGGGAUAGGCUUUCUUCUCGUUGUAGUGGUCUGUGAGGUCACUGCCAUUGCCAUCGCUAUAUGCUUCUUCAGGGGACUCCAACAUGUAUAGUCUGGAUUUUUUCCCAUGUGCUUCUCCAGUGUAUGUAACCUGGUGAAGUACAAAAAAAAAAAGUACUCAAUUGCAUUUCAAGUAUAUUCACAUUAUCAAUAAUUGUAAUAUACUGUAUAAU